AUGGCUUUCUUAUACUCCUUAACUUCGCCGUCACCGAAUUCGACUCUCUCCUAUUCCAAUAUCCAUCAAUUUCAGAACCCGUCUUCUUCGUUUCCGGUCUCCUUAUCCGUCUCUUCCCCGAACAACACCCGCCAUCUCCGUCUGCUCAUCACCUCCGCGUUGAAUCCACAGACGGGACAGCCGACGAAGAAAGCCUCGACCGGUGGUGGCAGUAACAGCACGAAUAAGAAACGGAAGAAAAAGGGGAAAAGCGCGAGUCCUCCUAUUAAGGAGGAUUGGGAAUUGAGAGAUGCUGCUGAUGCUCUUGCAGCUCUUGACGAAGACGAUGAUGACGAAGAUGCUUCUUUAGCGACAUUUAACUCUCCUCCUACGAUACCCAAACCACCAGCUGGGUUCGUGAUAGAUGAAACCGGUAGGGUUCUUAUGGCCUCUAAGAAGCGAAUCGCCACUGUGGUUGAUCCAACAAACAAUAGCCCUUUGGAUUGUGUGAUAAGAAGAGUGUUUACAAGUAGUAAAGGAGAGGAUUGUAUGCUUCUUUGCCCUGUGGAUACGCCAGUUCAGAUUCUGAAGAGCACAAAUAUAGAUGGAUGGUCAGCGGUUAGUGAUGAAGAGGUUGAAUCUCUUCUUCCUGCUGCUGCUUAUGCUCUUGCAAAGAUCCAUAUGCAUCUAGUACACAGCGGAUUCUGUUACACUGCAAGGGGAGGCUUUUGCUACACUGAGGAUAAUGUCUUUGAUUUUCGCACAGAUGAUGGCCAAGAUGUUGAAGGCUUGCCAACUGAAGGGGUUGAGAUUACGUGUUUCCAUCUGGAUGGAUCACACUAUAUGGUCUACACGCCUUCAGAUCCACUUCUCUUUGUUGCUGCCAAGGAUCCGAAUGGGCUGCUGCAAAUUGCUGAUGAUGAGCUAUUAGAUGAUCCAGCAGUGAUCAGCGCCAUAGACGAGGAAACUGAAUUCAAUGCCUUAGUGGAGGAAGAGGCGGCUCUUCUGGAAUCACUGCUUGGGGAUAGGAUAUAA